AUGCGCAUGUUUGGAGUCGCGGUUGCCCUUGUGGGCUGCGCGCGAGUGCAAGCUAAAGCCGUCUUUGCCCAUUUCAUGGUUGAAAACGCCAAAGAAUGGUCCCUGGAUUCCUGGAAGGUCGACAUCAGGUUGGCCCAGCAAGCCCACAUCGAUGGGUUCGCCCUGAACAUCCGCCAGGACGAUGCUUCCUUGGGAACGUCUCUAGGGACGGCCUUUGAGGCCGCCGAUGCCCUGGGGUUCAAGAUGAUCUUCUCUUAUGACUACGCCGGCGGGGGCCCUUGGGCAGCGAACCGCGUCAUCCAGCUUACGCAAAACUACGGUGCUUACUCUUCGUACUACCACGAUGAGGAGGGACGUCCCCUGGUUUCGACAUUUGAGGGACCUGGCAACGCCAAAGAUUGGGAAUAUAUCAUCCAAAAAACAAACGCUCUGUCCCUCCCAGAUUGGUCGUCUCUCGGUGCCAAAAGCGCUCUCGCGGCUGCUCCUUGUGUGCCUCACGGUCUAUUCAGCUGGGCGCCGUGGCCCUGGGGCAACACGGACUCGAAUACUUACGUCGAUGCCUCCUAUCUCGAGUUUCUCAAUACUGCGGCGGGUAAUUGUGGCUCGGACAUGAAGUACAUGAUGCCGGCCAGUCCGUGGUUCUACACCAACCUUCCUGGAUACAAGAACAACUGGAUGUGGAGAGGAGAUGAUCUGUGGUUUGCUCGCUGGGACCAGAUCAGGUUUCUCAACCCCGACUACGUCCACAUCAUCUCUUGGAAAGAUUUUGGAGAGUCUCAUCAUAUCGGUCCCCUCUACGUCGAGGGCGACAGCUACGAGGCAUUCACAGUUGGCCAAGCCCCGUUCAACUAUGCGCUCGACAUGCCUCACAACGGUUGGCGGGACUUACUCCCUUUCACCAUUGACCUAUACAAGGCGGGGAUUGCCACCGUCUCACAGGAGAAGCUGGUCGCCUACCAGCUGCAGCUCGAGUUCUGGCCCUAUGAAGUUGCUCAGGACAAGAUUUUCUACUCGGCCCUGCUCGCCGAGAACAAGCCGAUCACUGUGACUGUCGGCGGGGUCAACCUCGACGCGAAAUGGGACAGAAUUCCCAGCGGAGGAGUCGGCAUCUAUCACGGCAGUGCCGACUUUGGGAGAAACGUCGGUAAUGUUGUCGUCACCGUUGGCUCCAUGGCCGUCAACAAGCGACCCAUAACCGGAGACUGCGGCUCAACGAGUGGCUACACCAACUGGAAUGCCUUCGUUGCAAGUACGACUGGAGCAUCCCUCAACGCUAAAGUCGAUACCACCCAAUGGGUUUGCAUCGAGGGCACGGCAGCCGUCGGGUUCGACACGCUUUGCGAGUUCACUUGCAAGUACGGCUACUGUCCACCCGGAGCAUGUUACUGCACCAAGAUGGGGCCCGGCAUCAAAGAGCCCGACGCAGACACUCCCGGUUUCGGCACCGUUGGAUAUCCCACCCAGGGGAAGUCUGCAAGCUAUAAGGGUCUCUGUACCUUCGCUUGCAAUCUCAGUUUCUGCCCGAGCCAGCAUUGCGGAACAACAGAGUACCUAACAGUCGUUCCCACAGUCUCGCUAUUUACACCUAAUGCGUGUACCUCCGGCACGGGCGCGGGAGCUAUUGAGGGACUCUGUAAUUUUUCCUGUAACUUUGGCUUCUGCCCCAUCUACUUAUGCCUUUGUUCCUCGAUAGAUCUGUUGUAUAAUUCUCCAGCCUAG